AUGAUUGUCCAGUACUACCACAAUCUCCAUUCCACGUUCGACCGUAUAUACCGUGCUCUGAAGCACGUGAUCACCGCCAACCAAUCGUACGACGGAGAUUUCUCAUCUGCGCUCCUAUUGGCUGAUGAACUCAGGGCAGUCGAACGUAGCGUGACGUCGCUAGCAGCAGAUGUGUCUGAGAUCAUCGCCACUCUCAGAAACAUCAUACCUAUCAGAGAAAGAACUAUCAUCACCUCGUCAUCAUCAUCAUCAGCACCAUCGGCAGCGCCGGAAGUAGCGUCAGCAACCACUUCCGGCCGAAAAGAAGUCAUUGCCGUUGUCAUUUGCGAUUAUUCCGUUAAAGAGGUAAAUCUUGCUAAAAACGAUCGGGUGACAAUCAUAGACCGCCCAUCCCUAAUCUUAUGGAAGGUCAAAACGUCACAAGGUCAUUACCUGGACGUGCCCUCCGCCCUUGUGGUCAUUGUCGGUUAUGAUGAUGAUCUCGUUAAAUCCGUUAAAAGUUUAUACGAAUUAUUCACUGAUUAUGUGGCGAGGUUGAAGACAACGAUGAUGGGGAAGAUGAUGAUGCUUCUCAGUCAUGUUUUCAAACCGCAAUAUAAUAAUUUGGAGACAAUCUUGAUUGAAAAUCUAAACCCGGAAACUAAAAUCCAUCUCUCCAACACAAUCAACGACAUCCAAUCAUCUCUCUGCAAAUUGGGUCGCACCGACCAAGUUAAGGACCUACCCGGGAUAAAUUAUGUUAAUGAGGAAGUGAAGCACGCCGAUAGGCUGAGAGAUGUCUUGGACAGAAUCAUGAAUGUUAAUUCCCUCUUGGAUCUGACCAAUCAGAGGUCAUAUGCUGUCACCGUAGAUCUUAAACAGCAGCAACAACAGCAGCUUCAGCAGCAACACUUCAAAAGAUUGCAUCAACUGGACGACCAAGCAUUCAUAUCGCACAUUCGAGAUCUUUCUAACUUCCUGUUUACAUUCGACAGCCAAUCAUCUCAGAGCUCAGCUACGGUCGUAGUUGUCUCCAACCAAUCAGAACAAAGGCACUCUUCCAGCUUCACAAAGGAUGUUCAAAAAACAGUUGUACUACCGACACCUAUUGAAGCUUCAACGACAGCCACAAUCACUUCAGUAGCAGCUGCCAUCGAUACUAGCUACACUUUUGAUUCAACUACUACCACAACGAAAGUAAUUACUAGCGUCGAUGACGUCACGAGCUCACGUGGUCUCUCAGCAGAUGAAAUCGACGUACUAACCAUCGCUUAUAAAAAUAAAACUUCAGACGCCACCGCUGCUCCUUCGCACCAAACACCCCAACGCAAAUCCUCGCGAUCGCUUUCGAGACAGAGGACUGAGACGUCCCCGAUCAAGACGUCAGAGACUGAACAUCUGUACGCUGCUCAAUGCGAGGAGGAUAAGAAGUUCGUCAUCAAGUCCGUCUUCGACUGCACCAGCGGGCUCGAAAUCUCGUUGAACGAAGCUCUGGAACGUCGAAUCGUAGACGCGGACGCGGGCACUUACUUGGUGGACGCCGACACCAUGAAGACCAUCCCAAUAGCUCAGGCCAUGUCGCAAAGUUUCAUCAAAGUCCAGUCGGCCAUCGUUAAAAAAUCUUCUGAGAGAAAACUUUCUGUCGGUCUCGUUACUGUUAAAACUUUGAAAGUUAUAAUAAAAAUUGAUGACGACGAGGAAGACGAUGGUGAGGACGAAGUGAUUGAGAAUGAUGACGUCAGCGGUGCGGUGAACGAAAGUGACAACGACUACCUCAUCAAAUGGGUCGUCGACACUAAAUCGAACUCAAAACUGAGCCCCAAGAAGGCCCUCUCACAAAAGGUCAUCGACCUACCGAAAGGAACUUUCACGGACACAGCCAACAACAAGGUCAUUAACCUGAAAGACGCCAUCGAUCAAAACUGGGUCAACCUGUCCCGCCAAAACAACAAACUUCCUCAAAAACCCGACAUCAUUCCAGCUGAAAUCUACGAAUCUGUGACGUAUGCAAUAAGGGGCGUAGUCGACCGACGUAGCGAGAAAGUUUACCCCUUUUUGGAGGCGUGUCGCGAGGGUUUGAUUGACAGAGAAACCGGGGUAUAUUAUGAUUUGUUGGAGAGGAAGAAAUAUUCCGUGGAGGAGGCUCUGAAAUCCGGAUACGUCAAGGGCGGAGUGGUGAAAAACUUGAGAGAUAUUAACAUCUGGGACGAAUUAUAG